ACAUAGCAACACUUAGCAACAGCAGCUCGGGCAAACACAAGCAUUAAGCUAAGGACAGACAGACACAGAGAGGCUAUUCGCUUUUUAACGAUUCACACUCACCAGUUAACAAAUUCACUCAGUUCAUUUUUUUAAUGUACAAAAAGCUCCUGUAAAAGAGACUUUUCCUUUAAGUUUUUAUGCUUUGAGAAAUGUGUAAUUAAGUGUUAUUUUUUUUUAGUAAAAUUACAUACUUUUUUUUGUUUGUUUUAUAGAGACAGGGAAUGGAACUCCUGAGGAUCUUUCUUCUACGAAAGAGCAGGAUUUUGUUUCUGAGAGGACUGUAUCUGGAGCAGGACUUGUCUUAGAGGACAGUAUCUGGAGCAGGACUUGUCUGAGAGGACCCUAUCUGGAGCAGGACUUGUCUGAGAGGACAGUAUCUGGAGCAGGACUUGUCUGAGAGGACUGUAUCUGGAGCAGGACUUGUCUGAGAGGACAGUAUCUGGAGCAGGAUUUGUCUGAGAGGACAGUAUCUGGAGCAGGACUUGUCUGAGAGGACAGUAUCUGGAGCAGGAUUUGUCUGAGAGGACCGUAUUUGGAGCAGGACUUGUCUGAGAGGACCAUAUCUGGAGCAGGACUUGUCUGAGAGGACUGUAUCUGGAGCAGGAUUUGUCUGAGAGGACCGUAUUUGGAGCAGGACUUGUCUGAGAGGACAGUAUUUGGAGCAGGACUUGUCUGAGAGGACUGUAUCUGGAGCAGGAUUUGUCUUAGAGGACAGUAUCUGGAGCAGGACUUGUCUGAGAGGACAGUAUCUGGAGCAGGACUUGUCUGAGAGGACUGUAUCUGGAGCAGGAUUUGUCUUAGAGGACAGUAUCUGGAGCAGGACUUGUCUUAGAGGACAGUAUCUGGAGCAGGACUUGUCUGAGAGGACCCUAUCUGGAGCAGGACUUGUCUGAGAGGACUGUAUCUGGAGCAGGACUUGUCUUAGAGGACAGUAUCUGGAGCAGGACUUGUCUGAGAGGACCCUAUCUGGAGCAGGACUUGUCUGAGAGGACAGUAUCUGGAGCAGGACUUGUCUGAGAGGACUGUAUCUGGAGCAGGAUUUGUCUUAGAGGACAGUAUCUGGAGCAGGAUUUGUCUGAGAGGACCAUAACUGGAGCAGGACUUGUCUGAGAGGACCAUAUCUGGAGCAGGACUUGUCUGAGAGGACUGUAUCUGGAGCAGGACUUGUCUGAGAGGACCCUAUCUGGAGCAGGACUUAUCUGAGAGGACAGUAUCUGGAGCAGGACUUGUCUGAGAGGACUGUAUCUGGAGCAGGAUUUGUCUUAGAGGACAGUAUCUGGAGCAGGACUUGUCUGAGAGGACAGUAUCUGGAGCAGGAUUUGUCUGAGAGGACUGUAUCUGGAGCAGGACUUGUCUGAGAGGACAGUAUCUGGAGCAGGAUUUGUCUGAGAGGACUGUAUCUGGAGCAGGAUUUGUCUUAGAGGACAGUAUCUGGAGCAGGACUUGUCUGAGAGGACUGUAUCUGGAGCAGGAUUUGUCUUAGAGGACAGUAUCUGGAGCAGGACUUGUCUGAGAGGACAGUAUCUGGAGCAGGACUUGUCUGAGAGGACAGUAUCUGGAGCAGGACUUGUUUCUGAGAGGACAGUAUCUGGAGCAGGACUUGUCUGAGAGGACAGUAUCUGGAGCAGGACUUGUUUCUGAGAGGACAGUAUCUGGAGCAGGACUUGUUUCUGAGAGGACAGUAUCUGGAGCAGGACCUGUCUGAGAGAACAGUAUCUAACUGUUAUUCCUUUGUGUUUUAAGAAGCGCAGGAUUUUAGUCAUGAAGGAUAUUGCUCUCUCGCUACUGAGUCGAGGCUGUGGUCAUGUUGUCCAGUCACAGCUGGGCAGUAAAGAUGGACGCCUGGAAGUCUACUUCGAACCUAAGGACUACUAUCGUUGGAAGUCUCAGCCCGCCCUGCUCCGCUUAUCUAAGAGUGGCCGUCUGCUGUGCGGCGUGGAACCAGCGCUUCCUAAAACCUACAGCACAAGACAGGGACCCCUCUUCCUAUACUACCAGGAAAUGGCCAUGACGUCAUCGUUUCUGUCAUCAUGCCCCUCAGGGUCAGAGGACAUCAGGAAGAGGCUGGCCUCCCAACAUUCCAGACAGGAAGUGGAGCUCCAACUGAACACUCUGCGGGACCUGACGGGAGCCAUACUGGCUUAUGGGAAAAAACAGCUCCGUGAGGAAGGAGAAGGCAAUGUCCUCCCUAUCCCCUCCAGUCAUGAGACUUACUAUCCUCCCAUCAAGCCCUUCUACCCCAGACACCCCACCAAGGGUUGGACUCCCUUCAGGUCUACCUGGAACCGCCAGGUAGCCCCCACCCACCAGGAGCAGCUUACAGGUAACACGCAGGACAAGCCAAAGGUCAAAGAUGAUCCGGAGCUGUGUAGGGGCCAUGUCGAGAGCCCACGCCCCACUCCAGCUACAGGUGGCUUUUGCAUCCCCAGGUCUGGCCAGGCAGUCUCCCACAAUCCCUACAGGCAACCUCAAGGUCCUUUACCACCUAUAGAAGAGGUGAACUGCUACACAAGAGAUGUACCUCAUCCAGCAUCAGGUUUGGAGGAGCAGGAGGCUAGGCUACUGAGGGGAGUGAAGUUUGAGGUCACGGAUGAGACACCCAGGGUUCAGAUGAGUCCCAUCCCAGAGACAGAGCCUCUUUGGCGGGUAGAGAGUACAAGACACCUCCCUGGAGAUCCACCUCACGGACAGGCUGCACAUCAGGAAGUUGGGAGGCCUGUGUUUAUACACCCUGAUGACAGUGUGAAAGACUGUGAGGAUGUUGGAGGAGAGAUGCCCUGGCCUCUACAGGGAAGAGAGAGACCCUGGCCUCUACAGGGAGGAGAGAGACCCUGGCCUCUACAGGGAAGAGAGAGACCCUGGCCUCUACAGGGAGGAGAGAGACCCUGGCCUCUACAGGGAGGAGAGAGGCCCUGGCCUCUACAGGCAGGAGAGAGUCCCCGGUCUCUACAGGGAGGAGCGAGACCCUGGCCUCUACAGGGAGGAGAGAGACCCUGCCCUCUGAAGACGGCCUCAGUAGAUUCCUCCUGGAGAAGCAGCCAGCGAUCACACGUUAACUACUAUGGUGGUUACCUGGGUGGGGCCCAGCAGGGACGGAGACUGAAACAAGGCAAUGCAGACACGAAAAAGGACAACACAUCCUCGGACCCCAGCCUUUCCAGAUUUCAUCUCCCUCCCCUUUUUUCUGGCUCAGUGGUCAGUCUGGACCAGGACAGGGACCAGGACAGUAGUGUGAGGGUAAGUAAGGCAAUCUAA